CGCGCCUACCGAGGCAAGACUUUGCUUUUUUUUCUCCGAGACAGGCGACGUGAGGUUCCAAGACACCUGUCAGGAGGGCUACACAUCCAGAAGCUGUGUGCGAACUGGAGGCUGCGUCUUUAACCGUUUAACCAUGGGCGCGCUGAUAUCGUUAUUAUAGCCUCUCGGUGACCAAGGAGCGUAAAGUUAUUCUGCUGCUUUCUUGGUUUUCUUUGUGUUAUUCCUCUUUAUUUCCUCAAGCCGCAUGAGUUCACCGCUGUUUUUAGGCCAGCUGGUCGGGGUUCCGUUAGAAAUAAUGCACCCUACCAUGGAGAAAGACACGACUUACACUAAGAUCUUUGUCGGCGGGUUGCCGUACCACACCAACGACGCUUCACUUCGGAAAUAUUUCGAGACUUUCGGGGACAUCGACGAGGCGGUGGUUAUCACAGACAAACAGACGGGCAAGUCCAGAGGAUAUGGCUUUGUGACCAUGGUGGAUAGGGGAGCAGCAGAGCGGGCGUGCAAAGACGCAAACCCCAUCAUCGACGGCAGGAAGGCCAAUGUGAACCUGGCGUACCUGGGAGCAAAGCCUCGCAGCUCGCAGACAAGUCUCUCUGUUGGAGUUCAGCAAGUCCAUCCUACGUGGGCUCAGAGGCAAUAUGGAUUUGCCCAGCAGUACGUCUACCCCCAGGCGUUCCUCCAGCCCAGCCUGUUGCUGCAGUCCCAGCUCAGCCCCACAGCUGCAGCACUCGCCUCCCCUUACCUGGACUACAGCUCCGCCUACAGCCACUACGCCCCCACAGGACUGGAGCAGUAUCCCUACACACCUUCCCCGUCGCCCUCUGCUGGCUACCUCAGCUACAGCUUCUCCCCCGGCACGCCUGCGCCCACCCUCACCGCAUCCCCGACCCCUCCGGCUGCCAUCCAACCUUCUCUGGCUGCACUCACCACCAUGUCUGCCGCCCCACAGGCCUUCCUCCACUAUCCUCUGCACCAGCCGGAUCGCAUGCAGUGAGCAGCUCUUAGUGUAGCUGCAGCUGCUGAACUAAUGAUUCAAAGCAGCGUGACUGUUGACCUGUGACAUCAUCAGGAUAUGACUGGAUAAACAGGGAGAGAGUGUGAUGUAAUCAAAAGGGCUUUUAGAAAGCACUCACAUUCCUGUUUUUUUUUAUAUGUAUAUCAUUGUUGUUGUAAUAAUUGAUGAAAAAUGUUCUAUUGCUGCUGUCAUCAGCAUAUGAUCUGAAUGUUUUUCACAAGUGGUAGAUGUCUGGGACUGGAAUUAGACCACUGGUAAUCUUCUGGACCUUUUUGUCUUACCACUGACCCUCAGUGCUGAGGUUGGUGGCGGGGC